AUGGUGGAUUAUGAAGUGAGCAUAUUCACUGGCAAUCGGGCCUUUGCCUACACUUUUAACCAUGUCUACAUUAAGCUGGUGGGCACAGAUGGGGAGAGCGAACGUGAAAGGGCUUUAGCCUUCACAUCUGAAGAAGUGUCUACUUUUACCAUGUCCUGCCCUGCCUCCAUCGGAAAGCUGGUUCUGAUAGAGCUAGACAAACAGCCUCUCUUAAUUUUCCCUCAAGACAAUUGGUUCCCUGCCAAGGUGGAAGUGAAAUCCCCAGAGGGAGACACCUACAACUUUCCCAUCUACUGCUGGAUCACCGACAGUGAGGUGCACCGCUUCAGAGAAGGAACAGCUCUGAGAGUCUUUGAAGACAAACAUGAUCUUGGCAGGUACAGUAGGGAGCAGGAGCUUAAGCAGCGAGGGAAAGACUAUUGCUGGGAUGUGUAUGUAGAGGGAAUACCUCACUGCAUGAAGGCAGAAGACCCAUGUUCUCUGCCUUGUGAGAUCCUCUUCUCCUUCACCAAGGCAGCAGAGUUUGCCUUUACCGCAGUCACAGGGCUGAUUGAGCUUAAAUUGGAGCAUGUGGCUGAUUGCAAGGAGAACUGGACUGAUAUUGAUGAUAUGAAACCGGUGCUCUGCUGCAAACGGAUUGCUAUGUCAAGUACUGAACUGAAUUAUGGUUUUGUGUGA